CCUUUCUCUCCUUUAUUUUGCUCUUCUCUUCUCUUUUCUUCUCUGUCGGCUAUUUAUCUGCAUCUACAUCUCUUUCUGUGUUCCCAUCCCAACUCCCUUAUUUCCCGUUCUCUUCAAUUCCCUCUCUCAUUCCUUCAAUUUCAUCUACACACUUCAUCUCCGAAGCGCAAUGACGGCGGAGGAGGUGGUGAACGUACACAGCAAGGAAAAUUCCGAUAACGCCGCCGAAGAUCAUCACAAGGUCGUUACGGAGCAUUGCAAUGGCGAUGUACGCGGUAAGGAAAUUUCUGAGAACGGUAAUGUCGGUGCCGGAGUUGUUUCUGAUUCCGUUGAUUCAGAUCCGAUCGUUACUGUUGACGGUAAUGGUGUAGCGUUGGAGGAUCACAAGGUGGAAGGUGAGUCUCGAGGUAAGGUUAUUACGGAAGAGCCUUGUGUAGUUUCGAAUGGUUCUGUUGACGAAACGACUACUGUUGAUGUCGUUGAACGGGAAGGAGAGAUUCGUCAAAACGGUUCGGGAUCUGAUGUGAAUAACGUUCAUGUUACUGAUACUGUUGCGGAGGUUGGUGACGAUAGCGAAUUCACAAGUGUGAAAAACGGUGUGUUGGAUAAACAACCGAAUGGAUGUGAUGUGGAGAAUCAGAGCGAGAUUCGUGAAGAAGUUACUGAUUCUGUUGUAGAGGAGGCAGAAUUGAAGGUUAAGGAUCGCGAAUUGGAGAGUGUUCAUAACGGUGCCGUUGAGGAGAAUGAGAUUGGCGUUGUUGCUGACGUGGACAAGAGUGAUCGUGAGUUGGAAGGUAGAGCUGUUGAAAACGGUGCGGUGGAUGGGGAUGGAGAAGGAGAUGUUAAAGAGAUUGAGAUUCCUGUUGUUGUUGAAGAAGUUGCUGUUGCUUCUACAGAGCCUGUGGUGUCUGUUGAUUCUGAUGUGGUGGAAACAACUGAAUCUAAAGACAGAGAAAAAGUGGAGAGUGAAAGUGUUGUUGAUGUAGAUGUUUCGGAUGAGAAGAAUAAAGUUCGUGAUACUGAAUUGGAAAGUGAAGUUGGUGGUGAAGUGAGUGAAUCAGCUGAGAAAAAUGAAAUUCAUGAUGCUGAGUCGAGAAAUGUAGUUGAUGCUGAAGUGAGUGAAUCAGCCGAGAAGAACGAAAUUCAUGAGGCUGAGUUGAAAAAUGUAGUUGAUGCUGAAGUGAGUGAAUCAGCUGAGAAGAACGAAAUUCCUGAUGUUGAAUCGGAAACUGUGGUUGAUGCUGAAGUGAGUGAAUCAGCUGAGAAGAACGGAAUUCCUGAUGUUGAAUUGGAAACUGCGGUUGAUGCUGAAGUGAGUGAAUCAGCUGAGAAGAAUGAAAUUCCUGAUGUUGAAUUGGAAACUGUGGUUGAUGCUGAAGUGAGUGAAUCAGUUGAGAAAAACGAAAUUCCCGUCCAUGAUAAUGGAGCCAGUGAUAAUAUCGAUGUGGAGGAAUGUGCAGUUGAAGAUAGUCAAAAUGGUGUAGAGAAGGUAUCGUCUGAGUCUGUCUCUGAUACUGUUGUUGAAAAUGGUUUGGCAGAUGUUGAGGUGAUCGCUGAGGAGAAAGUGAUUCCUAGUGAUAUCGGUGAAUUGGAGAGGUCUGUUGAGAUAUCAGAACCUCAAGUGGUUCUUCAAGGAAAAGAUUUAGCAGAAUUAAUCAAGUCAGGGACUUCUGAUGAUGCUGAUGAAGGUGUAAUUGAAAACGAACCUUCUGUUGAUACGAAGAACAUUGAAGAAGAGAGUGAGGCUGAACCUUCUGAUAAUGCUGUCAAGGAUGAUGAUAAAUCAAUUGAGGUGUCUGAGCCUGAGAUGAAAAACGAUGCAAUUGGUAGUGAAGCUGAACCUUCAACAGAAACAGUGGAGAGUGAAGUUGAAGUUUCAAACAAUGUGAUGCAGAGUGAGGCUGAUCCUUCUCUUCAUGUCCGAGAUUUGAAAACCGAUGUUGUGGGUAGUGUAGCUGAACCUUCAGUAGAAGCUGAACCUUCAGUUGAAGCUGAACCUUCUCUUCAUGUGCAAGAUUUGAAAACCGAUGUUGUGGGUAGUGUAGUUGAACCAUCAGUUGAAGUUGAACCAUCAGUUGAAGCUGAACCAUCAGUUGAAGCUGAAUCUUCAGUUGAAGCUGAACCUUCAGUUGAAGCUGAACCUUCAGUUGAAGCUGAACCUUCAGUUGAAGCUGAACCUUCAGUUGAAGCUGAAUCUUCAGUUAAAGCUGAACCUUCAGUUGAAGCUGAACCGUCAGUUGAAGAAAGCAUCCAGACUAAUGAAGAUUUGAAAACAUCCCAAGAAGCAUCUGCCUCUGAGGCUAUGGAUGCUCAGAAUAUGGUCACUGAGGUGGUGAGAAAGCCCUUCUAUUGGUUGAUCCGGGUUCCCAGAUACGAUGAUGAUGAAAAUAUAAAAGAGCAGAUUCAACAUGCUCUUCAACAAGUAGAAGAGAAAACUAAAAUCCGUGAUGAAAUUCGAGCUGAAAGCCAGACUAAAAAGGCCAUGUGUAAAGAGUAUGGGCAAGAAUUUAGAGCUGCAGUACAAGAAGAGAGAGCUUCAAGGGAGUUGCUCAAAUCCAAACGGCAGGAGAUGGAUUCAGUUCAAUCCACCAUGAAUAGAUUAAAUAAUGCAAUUUCUGUAGGAGAUAUCGAUAGCAAGAUUAGAAACAUGGAACACAUGAUUCAGCAUGAAACUCUGCCUCUAAAAGAAGAAAAGCAAUUGAUACGCCAAAUCAAACAAUUGAAGCAGAGUCGUGGCGAGCUGUCUACUAUUAUAGCAAAACAGGAUCAAUCACAAUCUCUUGACGAAAAAGACAAUAUUGAAGAGCAAUCUAAGCAAUUACAGCUCUUGAGGAAGGAUUUAGAUGUGCUUAGAAAUAAUGUUCUGAAGGCAGAAGCAGUAACUAAAGCAGCAAAGAAGAAAUAUGAUGAAGAAAGUAAUCAAGUGAGUGAGGUUCUUGCUCGAUUUAAGACUGCUGAUGACAUUCGUCAAGAAGCUUUUGUCAAGCUACAGAUUUUGAAAAGGAAAUUACAUGAAAAGAGCAAAUAUUUUUGGGAAUACAAAAAUGCUUCAAUUAAAGCUCAAGAACUAGCAGUACAAGGGAAGAAAGAGGAGGUGCAAAGCUUAUGUAUUGAUGAGGCUGAGCGAAUACAUGAGAUGUGGAAGAAUGAUGAGUUCAGAAAGAACUAUCUCCGGUGCAACACCAGGAGUACACUGAGGAGACUGCAAACUUACGAUGGCCGAAUGCUUGGUCCUGAUGAAGAGCCACCAGUGAUUCCUACUAAUACCUUCAUUGAAAGAGCUUCUAAAAAUGAUUCUUUGGUCUCGCGAUCAACUCCUGAACAACAAAAGAAAUCAAUACCAACUGAAUCCGUUACUGUUAAUGCAAAGGAUGAACCCGCUACCAAGGUUGUGGUACAAAAACCUGAAAUAAGUCAGACAACUAAUGCUAAAAAGCCCGCAAAACCUGCUCCUUCAGAGAAGAAGUCAGCAGUUCCAGUUCGUCGUUGGGGUGACGAGUCUGAUGAAGAUAAGGAACCUAAGGAACCUGUGAAAACAAAGGAGGAAGAGGAGCAAAUCUUAAAGGCUGAAAAGGCGAGGAAGGAGGAAGAAGAAGCAAAGCUGAAGGAAAUGAAAAGGCUAGAGGAAAUUGAGAAAGCUAAGGAGGCACUGCAAAGGAAAAAGCGUAAUGCAGAGAAGGCCCAACAAAGGGCUCUCUAUAAGGCACAAAAAGAAGCUGAGCAAAAAGAGAAGGAAAGGGAGAAAAGAGCAAGGAAGAAGGGAAAGAAAAAAGCAGUUUCUACUGAAGAUGCUGUGGAGAAAAUAGAACAAGAUUCUGCAGCUUCUCCUAGCUCUGAAACUCUGACAAGAACUAUAGAAGAAUCUGAUCAGAGUGAGAAACCAGUUGAGGUAACAAAAAGGACGGUAAAACCAUCUCAAUUCAUAAAGCAGAACAAGGUAAAAUCUCUACCUAUGUCAAUUCGCAACCGGGGAAAGAGACGAAUUCAACCAUGGAUGUGGGUUCUAAUUGCCGUUCUGGUUAUUGCUGCCUUGUUUUAUAUUGGGAAUAACAGCUCCUUGAGAUCUUCGUUUCAAAGCUUUGGUUUCUGAUGAAACUCCAGAGUUAAAAAACUUGCUUCGAUGCUAAGCAAUCAUUAGGUGUUUGCCUUGGGGGAUGAUACCCUUAUAUAUUUAUUGCAUAUAUACAUAUAGAAGCAAUUCUUUUGGUGCCUUUACAAUUUUUUGCUUCUAGUUUUUGGUCUUUAGUCAUUAAUAUUAUUUUCUUCAAACCAAUAUUUGUUACUUUCUGAUGUGAUGCGAUUUUAACUGGAUGAUUGCUUAUGCGACCAAUUAUUAUGGUAAUAAAUUAUUGUGAUUGUGGGUUUUUUUAAA